UCCGUAUACAGCAAUAAGUAUGUGCUGUCUACGCUGGAUUUCACUUAUCCCACCAUAUUCCAAGGCUGGCAGACGCUGUUCGGGCUGGUGUUUAUCCGUUUGGUGACGCUGUGCCCGAGCAGUGAGCGACUAUACAGUCUGGACAAGCCCUGGCUUCCUCUCGCUGCUGCCCAACUUUCUGUUCUUCACCGGCUCGGUGGUGGCCGCGUCGAAGGCGCUGGCCGACAUUCCUGUGCCGAUCUUCCUGGCGGUGCAGAACGUGAUGCCGGCGCUGGUAUACCUGCUGGACUACGCUCCGCGCUUCAAGGGCGCCUCCGUCGUGUCCCUGGUGGGCUCCGGCUUCCUCCUGCUAACUGCCGUGCUUAUCAUCCUGGUCGACCUGGACAUGACGUUCAAGGACUCGCCUUACUUCUGGCUGAUGGCGCACGUCGUCUGCUCAACUGUACACACGCUGCACGGCCGCAUCGCUGACGCGCGCUACUCGGAUAUCGACCGACUCUACUACAGCUACCUGGUGAGCGUCGUGGUGCUGGCUCCGUCCAGCCUCUACCUGGAGGAGGCAUUCCUUGUGCUCGACUUCCCCUACAAGAGCCAGGCCGACUUCAUUGUCGGCUGCCUAGUGAGCGGCAUCUCGGGCGUGCUGCUCGCCAUCUUCAGCAUUCACGUGCAGGAGAGCCGGCCGGCGGCCGGCGUGCACGGCGCCACCCGCAUUCUGGCUGCCAUCGGCAGCGUCUGGCUGUUUGCCGAUACGCACAUGUCGCUGCCCGUGGCCAUACUGGUCGGCGUCAACAUGGCCUCUUCGCUGAUGGUAGCCUGGCUGCCGCGCGCGCUACCGCAGUUCCCGGCGCCGCGGCUCACGCCCGCCGAGCGGGACCCCGAGCUGGCUGCCCCGCUGAUCGAGCAGGACAGCCCGUAGGCGUCAGCUGUGCGGGGUGGCGCGAGUGUGCCGAGGCCGGGUCUUUCGUUCUACGAAAUUAGGCCGGACUCGACCAACCAAUGAGAAUAGUCGGGCAGGUUAUUUUUUACCCGUGGGGUGUGGGUACCGUGUUUUUUCAUAGGUGGUUUGGUUGAUGGAACGAAGUGUCGUUAUCCGCCAUGGGGCCGGAGAGCCAGCUCGAGAGCGUUGUGUUGUGGUGAUCUGACUACUUGAUCCCUAGGUGAAAGUGGGGUGAGUCUCGUGUCUUCUGUCUUUAACUGUUUUCUUUGUGACAUGUAAGCCGUCCACGGACCAGAGAAUAUGGACGUUGUUGGUUUCGGUGUUGUUCUCAAAUGGAUGUGUUGUCAUUCUACUGUCGUGGUCUCCUAUCUCUCUUUUGGUUCCAUUGGUUUACUUAAACGAUUGCUUAUAAAGCAAUCGUUUCUGAUCUGUGAUCGAAAAAACGACUUCGCAAUUAUCAUGCGUGCGGCCAAUAGUUGGAACGUGCGGCGUUUGGGCUUCCUGUGCUUCCAGCGUAACCUCUUCCCCCUAUUACUCUUGAAUAGUCGUAAGUUUUCUACUACUAUGCGAUUGAGAUCCUCGUCAGGCUAUCGCGAGCAGCCGUCGGGCAUCCUGUGGAUCGCAUCUGUACCUUUGUAUGAACCUCAAGGUCAACAGAAAUAAACAAAGUAUGCAGUA